UUGACAGGGUGCUGCGUGCUGCCCGCCGAUGUGACGUCGGUUACGUUAUAUUUUUAUAGCAUCAUUGCGGCUAGCCGACAUUUGCACACCUUGAUGCAAACAGCCUGUUUCAUUUCGUUUUUAUCGUUAAGCUUUAAAACGUGUCGACUAGAUAGAAGUAGGUGAGGUCUCGAGGGGAAAAGUUAACAGUUACGUCAAGCUUCUAACAAGUUGUCAGCGUUAUUAGCCAUUAAACGAUAACAGGGAAAAGCAUUAGGCUAACGUGCUAGCAGUGAGCGUGUCAACACAUUUUUUUUCGGAACUACAAUAAUUUCCGUCAAAAGGGUGAAGUCAUGUCGUCGGCAUCCUGAGAUACAGACAGGCAGUCAUGGUUGGUGACGACUGAAAGCGACACCGAGUUAACUAACGGUAACGCUAGUUCCAAACGGUCUGCGGAGUGGGAGACAUGAAUAUGCCGCUGGGGAGGAACGGGUUAAUCGGGCUCGCUGUCGGAGCCACAGCCGGCUGUGGCUUGAUUGCCUUCAUAAUUUACAAGGAGAUCGUCAGGAGAAGAUCCCAGAGACUGGUGCUGGAGGCCCGGCCAGCUUCCCGGCUGUUGGACGGAGUGGAGAAAGCCGUGCAGCCGCGGGAUGCCAUGGAUGCACAGGAGGUGGAGGCCCAGCAGCAGGCUCUGGCAGCCGUGGAGGCAGUGGUGCAGGGCCUGUCUCCAGAGCAACAGCUGGAGUUUAGGAACCAGCUGGACGAGGUGCUGACCUGCGUUGGAACGCUGCGCUUAGAGGUGGCGGAGCUGAGGGGCGGCCUGCAGGACAUAGCCCAGCAGAUUAUUCAGGAUGUAAAAAAGGGAGUGGAAGACACGCAGCGGGUACGUCGGCGGCGCCAUUUCGUCCACAGGGAACGCACUGACUCCACCAGCUCCAGCUCCAUCUACUUCACAGCCAGCCAGGGCGCAGCCAGCACGUAUGAAACCACCAGCGAAGGAGGGUACUCGACGGCCUACGCCGAGUCCGACUACACCGAUCGGGACACCGACAAAGAGGAGGGGGGGCGGGAGCCUGAAGAGGAGUCUGAGGAAGACGAGGAAAGGAGCUGUGCCACUGUCCUCACCAUCCGCCAGGAAGACUCCCAGGAAGAAGUGGAGGAGAGAGGGCUGGAGGACGAGGAUGAGGAAGAGGAGGAAGAUGAGGGGAGGCUUCAGCUGGUGACUGAAGUUCCCAGUGGGGAGCUGGCUCUCCUCCUGGCUCAGAGUGACAUCCUCCACACAGGAGACGCCAGUCUAAAGGCAGAGGGCUUUCGCCUGCUGCUAGACAACAGAGCAGAGUAUGGAGACAGCAGGGAGUUUCUAUGGCGACUGGCUCGGGCUUACAGGGAUAUGUACGAAUCCACUGAGGAUAAACAAGAGAAGAAGGCCUACGCACAACAAGGUCGAGAGGAGGCCGAGUUGGCCCUGAAGAAGAACGGCCUGAAUGCUGAGUGUCACAAAUGGUUUGCCGUGCUGACAGAGCUGACCUCCCAGCAUGAUAGCAUGCACAGCAAGCUGAAGAGCAGCCAUAUAUUAAAGGAGCAUCUGGAUCGGGCCCUCGCCCUCCGAGAUGACGACCCCAUGUGUUUCUACCUGCUCGGCAGAUGGUGCUAUGAGGUAGCCACUCUGGACUGGUUGGAAAAGAAGGCAGCAGCGGCCCUCUACCAGAGCCCCCCCACCUCCACACUGCACGACGCGCUUGAGAACUUUCUCAAGGCAGAGGAACUCAGUCCAGGUUUCUCCAAGACAGUGAGACUUUACAUCGCACAGUGCCACAGGAAGCUGGGGAACAUCUCUGAGGCCACCAACUGGACCGAGCUGGCUCUGAAGAUGCCCACAAACUCCAACUACGAUGAAACGAGUAAACUGGAGGCUCAGCUUCGAGUCUUGACUGACACAAAAACCUGAAAUAUUUUUUUCCUGAGAUCCAGCUGAUGAAGCCACUCAACCGAUGGCACUGAUUGGCUAGUCAGGCCGCCAAUCCGUGUCCAUCCAAUCAGAUGUGCACCACAAAUGGCAAUUUUUUUUUUUCCUUCAUUGGUGGAUAUCUACAUACUGUCACUGUGAAAUCAAAUGGAGUUUGAUAUUAUUGUGUAUUUAUUUUCUUUACUAUUGCUUAAUUAAGUCAGAAUUGCUUCAAGUAGUAUAUAUUUUAAUGUAUGUGGUAUAUUCAAAAGUAUAAUAUGUAGGGGCCAGACAUACAGAAAAGAGUGCAGCAGGGGUUGAGCGAGCUAGAGAGUGAAUGAAGAGAGGGAGCAACCAAAGCAGUAAUCAGGAAUAAAAUGCUCUUCUCUCAUUGUCUCAUAUUGGUUAUGUCAUAAAGCAUAAACACACACCAGCGCUGGAAGGGACCACAUUAUCGGAUUAGGAGUGAAUGCAGAGCUUCAGCCUGUCUGUUUCUCUGUGUCAGUUAAACUUGGGAGAAGGUAUGAGACACAAGGGGCAAAUGAGAAUUAGAAUACCGUUAUUGGGAUGACGCACCCACGUGGGCCCAGCGGCUCUCUGAUGCCCAGAAGCAUCCCAACACCCACAGUGUGAAAGUCUGCAGAGACAGACUCCACCACACUUCUACUGGGUCAUAGGUGAUGAUUAAGAGGGAGUACUUUUGCGUUGGUCUCUAUUUUUUCUGUUAAUGUGGUACUAAUAGUAAGCAAAUAAACAAGUAGGUUUUGUUUUUUAGCACCAUAUUAAUCGAACAUCUUAAUUCAACAUGCAAACUUAAUGAGUUCCAUAAUUACAAAAAUAAUCAUUGUCACUUCACUAUAGUGGUUUCCAGCCAUGUAGAAGGCUUUGGUUUUAUUUGUUGAAAUACAAUCUGAACUAUUUUUUUUUUUUUUUUUUUACCACCACCACACUGCAUAUGUACUGACUAAUAAAUGUGAUAAAUUGUCUGGAAACAGAGCUGCUAUCCAGUUUGAUCAGGGAAGUUUUAAGAGCUUUACGGGAGUUUAUCACUAUACCUAAUGUAAAGUUAUUUGUAUUUGACCCCCUUAUUAUAAAAUAUUGUCCUACUGGGUCCUCAGUUCUGGACAGAUGUUUUGUGGAUAUAAAUGACACUUCAUUAAUAUAGAUGUAGUAACAUUGUAGUAUUUUGCUCCGAAUAUCACCCAUGAAACAUUUCUUUCCAGUUAAGCUCCAACCUCCCUACCCACUUUGGUUGUGACUGAAAAAUAUUGUAUUGUUUGAUGUGUAUUUCAUUUUCCUUUGUGUGUUUGCUAGUGACGGCCAAAUGAAGCUUUGUGAACCAGUGUCUAUUCUCCGAGCCCACUAGAUGGUGCCCUGGGUUUAUAGGCCAAAGGCGUUGUGUAAAUGGAUUCUCAGCCCUUUGAACAGAGCACCAUCUAGUGGCUCAGAAAAUAAACUGUUUCACAAAGCUUCAUUUGGCCAUCACUAGUAUUUGCUGCCUUUGAACUUUGAGUGUUUUUACAUUCCUUUAACUUUCUAGUUUCUGAUUAUACAUGAUUUUAAUGGCACUUUUUCUAUUUAUUUUAUCCUUGAGGUUAAUUUUGCAGUCGCAGCUGUUAUAAAACAGCGGAUUUGUUACGUCUCAAUAUUGUGAUCCUGCAAUGAAGUUAAUAUGCUUUGAAGUGACACAUGGAUAACACUGAAUAAAAUGAUUUUGUGUUUGCCUUGUAAA